CCCGUUUCAACGAAGGCUGAGGAAGCUGAGGAAGCCCUGCCACAAGUCAGGGAGGAGGCGAACGAGGACGAGACACAAGAUGUGGAAGAGGUCCCUAUUCCACCAAAGAAAAAGAAGUUAGUCAAAUAUUCCCCAAAGAAACUAAUGUCUCCAACAGGGGCGUUGCAGUUGGCCAAACUUAAAGAACAAGCCAAGAUGGAUUGACAGAAGAUUGAACACCUUGAGGACCGCAUUAAAUACCUGGAGGAGGCCAACAGGGAUCUGAAAAAUGACAAGGACUUCCUACUUUCCCAAAUGAAGGGGACCCCCAGCAUGCCUGCAUCUACUGGGAAAGGCUCUGGAAAGACUUCUUCAUCUUCAAGUUCAAUGUCUCCCAGUUCCUCCUCAGACUCCAGCUUCUCAUCAUCCUCAGAAGAAGAGGAGAAAAAGAAAAAGAAAAAGAAGAAGACCAAGAAGUCCAAGAAACAGCCUGAUUCUCACGGACAUUCAAGAAUGACCACAACGGAUGGAGUUAUCCGCCACUACAAGAAUGCCCUCCGCAUAUUCAACAAGUCUGGAUCCAUGAAAAAGGCCUUUGCCAAACUUAAUGUUGACCGCAACACAAUUGCGAGAACAGCUGUAAUUGCUGAGCUAGCGAUCACAUUUCCAGACACCUUCAAGGACCUGCUCCCAGGAGAUGAGAAGAUGUCGGCAUUUGCAGAGCGGUGCAGGGGGGCUAUAACAGAGGAGAUGGCUGAAACCAUCACAGCAAAGAAAAAAAGAGGAAAACUCCUCCCAAUAAUGUAUAAAUACACUUAAGACUGUUCAUUGAACUUGUUUAUGUUAAACAAGUUAUUCUGUUUAUACAUACAAAGUAUAUGUUGGAACCCUCUGUUUGAGAAGAAAUAAUACGAAUAAUGCAACAGUAAUGCAACAAUAAUGUUUUGUGUUGAAAUACAUGAAGGAAGAAUCUCUUGACUUGUCUGUUGCUUUUGUUAAGGUAUUUAAAUCAUUUGACAGUGUAAUUACACUUAAUGACGUCUUAAUGAAAGGUUCAAAUUAUUCCACUUUACUUGAAUUCAUAGAAAACAGUCAUGACACUGUUAUAACCUGAUUUAACUAUGUAAUUACACUUAAUUACAUCUUAAUGAAAGGUUCAAAUUGUUCCACUUUACUUGAAUUCAUAGAAAACAGUCAUGACACUGUUAUGAACCGAUUUAACUAUGUAAUUACACUUAAUGACAGGUUCAAAUUAUAUAUGACAGUUAUAAACUCAUUUGGCAGUGUAGUUACACUUAAUGACAUCAUAAUGAAAAGCACAAUGUUUAGGACACAAUCAUAAUGGUCUUGUGACAGCUAAUGUCAAAAUGAACCACAUAUGACAGUUUAAUGUCAUGUUAAGAUAUAAAGCUAAAUAGUUUUUUAAAGUUUGACAGUGAGGUCUACUAUGUCAUGUUUAUGACAGUGUAUGUUGUCUUGGCUUAUGUCAAGUUGUCAUAACAAAGACAUCUCAAACAAUGUCAACUUUAAAUCAAAGGUAACAUAAUUUACCGAAUGACACUUAACGACAACUGUCAUAAGCAUUCAUUAAUGUUCAUGACAGGUGUCAUGUCACGAUUAUGACAGUGUUAUGACAGUCUUAUUCACCCCCAUUCAAAUAAAGUGUUACCAAAUGCAGUCCGUGAGGUUUGUUUUAAAUGAGAAUUAAAAGACAAAUCUUGAUCAAAUAUUACUCUGAGGUUUCUUACGGUAGUGCUAGAGGCCAGAGCAAUGCCAUCUAGAGAAACUAUGUCAUCAGAUAAAGAGUCUCUGAGUUGUUUGGGGCCAAGAACAAUAACUUCAGUUUUGUCUGAAUUUAACAUCAGGAAAUUGGUGCUCAUCCAAGUUUUUAUGUCUUUAAGGCAGUUAUGGAGUUUAGUUAAUUGAUUA